AUGACGAGCAGAUUGCCUGGCACAAAGCAGCCUCUUGGGAGUGUCGGCGUGGCUCCUGGCGGGGGCGCGGUUCUGGGCUUCUCGCUGCCCCCAAGGCCCCCGAAGCGUCGGCGCAAGCAGCGCACGGUGUACAGCGUGGAGCAGCAGAAGGAGCUGGAGACGUUCUUCCAGAACGAACGUUUUCCCUCCUACAACGAGCGUGAGACCCUCGCGGCCAGACUCAACCUCCAGGAGCAGCAAGUGCAGGUGUGGUUCAAGAACCGUCGGGCCAAAGAGUACAGGCUGCAAAGAGCGACCAGCACCAAGCAGCCAGGCCCGCAAGCCCCGGCUUCGUCCCGGAGCCCAGAAGUCUGCGCCUCUGUGCCUGCACCGGCUCCUGCCGCCUCCGGCCCUGCGUUCCCCGACUGCCCGGGGUCCGUCUCUGGUACCGGGUUGCCCGAGGAGCCGGAAUUGCCUUGGGAUCUCUUGCUUUCUCAGGAUCCCUUGUCUUCCGGGGGCUCCGAGCUUCCUGGAGACUCAGGUUUCGACGACCCCUUCCUAGGUGUCCCAGAGGGAGAGGCCGGCGCCUCCAGCCACCUGCAGGACCCGCCGGGACCCUGUCAGGACGCCCAGGAGCCGGUCCCCGCUGCCGCAGCUCCAGCUCCAGCUGCCGACCCCGUCUUUCCCGAGAUGUCGACCGACGGCGAUUUCUGGACAGAGCUUAACGUCCCAGAACUGCUGUCCCUGCAGGACCCGACGCAGGGACCCUCCUCUUGUACAAGCCUGGAAAUCUAG